AUGGAGAGCGAGAAUUCACGGCAGUGGACCCCAUCGCCAACACCUUUCAACACCUUCAAGUACCAUAUCUACUACAGUGGCGGCGAAAAGGCGAUGCACGAAGUCGGUUUCGUAGUGAUUGGGGAUCAGAAGAACCGAGUAAUCAAGUGGAAGGUGGUUAAUGACCGGAUCUGCGUGUUGAGAAUAAAGUGCAAAUUCUUCAACUACAGCCUGAUCAACAUCUACGCACCGACGAACGACAAGCCCGAUGACGACAAAGACGCUUUCUAUGAGCGUCUUGACAAGACCUAUGGAGAGUGCCCAAGACACGCGGUGAAAAUAGUCAUCGGCGACGCAAACGCGCAGGUCGAAAGGGACGCGUUCUUUCAUCUUGUCUUCGGCAAGGAAAGCCUUCAUCCUCGCACGAAUGCCAACGGCCCACUCAAAUCGACCACGUUUUGGUGGAUGGUCGACACUUCUCGGACGUGA